AUGAGUGACUCCGCCUUCAUCGCCGCCGCCGCUACCGCCGUCGCUGCCGCCGCCGCCUCGACCGCCAACUACGGCGAUGACUCUGAGAGCCCGCUCAAUGACAGCGGGGUUCGCACAUUCCUCUAUAUCGUCGGCGCCGUUGCCUUAAUCAUCGCCGUCGCCGUCAUCUACUACGAAUACAACAACUACAAGAGCAUCCUCUCCUCCGCCGCCCUCCACCGCCGCUACUCCGCCGGCAAUCAUGCCGCCGGCGCAUACGUCCAGGUCGUCGUCAAGCGCGACGGCCUCGACGCCGCCGCCAUUAACGCCAUUCCGGUCUACUCCUACGCCGGCGCCGGUGCCGUAGGCUGCGCUGUUUGCCUUGUGGAGUAUAAAGAGAAAGAGGAGGUGCGGCUGAUGCCGGAGUGCAGGCACAUGUUUCACCGGAGAUGCAUUGAUCCGUGGCUCGAGAUUUGCCCCACCUGCCCUAUCUGCCGGAAAACGCAGCCGGCGGCGGCGGCACCACAGCCUGCCAAUCAAUAA